CCAUAGCGCUCCGCUGCCCCUCUGAGCGGAGACUGUGCCAGGGAAGGGGCUCUGCCAGCCAGGAUCAGGGUGGGACCCUACUGGGGGCAAGGGAGGGGAGCCCCUGGAGUUAACCCUGCUCAUGGAAGGGAGUUGGGUGUGAGCUGAGCAGCCUUUAGUCUACGCAGCAGACCCCCAGCUCCUACCAAGAGCCCAGUCUACUUGUGCCCAUCUAUCCUGGGCAAGGGCAGCCAUGGCCUGUUGGUGGGCUGGCUGGCUGCUCCUGCUGGUGGAGGCUUGGGGGGCCCACCUGGCGCAGGGGAUGCUGGAGCCCUGGGCCCAGGAGGCUCUGUGGCUGGGAAACACAUCUGCGUUCCAGGCCAGCAGCCUGCAGCGCCGCCUGCCUCAGGGGAUCAUCAUUGGGGUGCGGAAGGGGGGCACGCGGGCCCUGUUGGAGAUGCUGGCGCUGCACCCCCAGGUGGCCGCUGCCCGUGCCGAGGUGCACUUCUUCAACCGGGAGGAGAACUACCGCCGGGGGCUGGGCUGGUACUGCCAGCAGAUGCCCCUCUCGCACCCCGGCCAGCUCACCGUGGAGAAGACCCCAGGCUACUUCUCCUCCCCGCGGGCCCCCGAGCGCAUCCGCGCCAUGGACCCUGCCGUGAGGCUCCUGCUCAUCGUGCGGGACCCAGUGGAGCGGCUGGUGUCAGACUAUACCCAGAUCCUGCACAACCGCCGGGCACGGCACAAGCCCUACCCGCCCCUAGAGGGGCUCCUGCUGCAGGGGGACCGGGGCCUCGACACCCGCUACAAGGCUAUCCAGCGCAGCCUCUAUGCCCUGCAACUGGCCCGCUGGCUGGCCGCCUUCCCCUCGGCCCACAUCCACGUGGUGGACGGGGGCGGCCUGAUCCGCGAGCCCCUGCCCGAGCUGCGCCGCGUGGAGCAGUUCCUGGGCCUGGCACCCAGCCUGGGCCCCAACAACUUCUACUUCAACCAGACCAAGGGCUUCUAUUGCCUGCGGGCUGGGGCCCGCCAGCGCUGCCUGGAUGAGUCCAAGGGGCGGCCCCACCCGCCCAUCGCCGAGCAGCUGCUGGAGCAGCUCUGCACCUACUUCAGCGCCCACAACGAGCACUUCUUCAGCCUGGUGGGGCGCACGUUCAACUGGUGCUGAACUGGGCAGGGCCUGUGGGGCCAGACCCCCCCAGUGUGCCGAGCCCUGCGGGGACAGAGCCCCCUCCCCAGGGCAGAGGCUGUGAAAUGAGGGGAGGGGGAGUUGGUACCACAACAGGCUGGGCAGCUCUCCCUGCCCCCCCAGCUCAGAGGACUUAAGUGCUCAGAGCAGGCUGUGAGGGGGCUCCUGCUGAGGCUGUAUCCCCUGGACAUGAGAGGGUUGAUGGGAAAGGGGGUGGGAGAAACCAAUCAGGGCAGGAGUGGGUGGCUCCCCCCCCCUGCAGGGACAAGGCAGAGGCCCACAGCUGCCCCGGAAGCACACUCCUAAAAGGGUCCAGAAAGAAACAUUUGCCCUGCAGAGCUGUGGGGCAAGGCAGGUGGGAUGAAGGGACAGGGGGCUUCUACAAUUCAGGGCAUCUUCCCCCUCAGGCUGCCAGCCCCCCACCCAUCACCUCCCGGGAGGGCAGGAGACCCACCUCUCCCAACAGAGGCUGCCUGUUUUCCUGCCCACUCAAUUCCCCAGUCAGCCUGCAGUGCCUUCUCUGCGGGCUAUACGCAGCGUUACAGGCCCCAGCUCUUCCUAAGCAAGCCCCAGCCUAAGGCAAAAACCCAACAGACAGCCCCCUCCCUUGGUUUAGGGGUUGUCUUUUGCAGCCCAGGGGUGUCAGGCUCACUCUGGCUGGGGCAGGCUGACAGCUGAAGCCAGGUGCCCCCUUAUCCUGGCUUUUGACUGACUCCUGCCUGGAGGGGAGCGCAGAGCAGCAUGUGGUCACAGUGCAAGCCAUUCAGGCUGCAGCCCACAAGACUUCCUGCUCCCUCUCCCCCCCCCCCCCCGUGGACCG